GUUUACGCUAAAAGUACCGCUCUCUGGAAGUUGAUAACGGUAGGUUCUAGUUUAUUUGACGUCGGUAGUAAUCAUUCGAGGGGCCGAUCCCUAUACAUCUUGACAUCGUAGAUUGACAGAACCGCUAAGAUGGCUGAUAUUAAAGACACUCCACCUUUAUUUGAUACUAAUGAAACAAAAAGCGAUGAUUUGGAGGAUGAUGACGACGAUGUUUUUGCCUCCGCAGUACAGGAUCAAAGUCAAUUGGAAGAUUCACCCCCUUACAAUGGUGUAUCUACGUUACAAGCGGAGUUACCCAAAUUGACGUUAAGAGACGCAAUGGAAGAAAAUUCAUUUUCUUCUGUAUCAAGUCCACCACCUGGUCCAUUAAGUCCACCAUUAGGUCCUAUAAGCAGUGAUAUUGGAGAUUUGCAUGAUGUUCCCAUAAAUGACAAUGCAGAUACGCUGUCAACAAAUGUUAUCAAAUCUCAAUCAUUCGAAGAGGUAUCAGGUGAUACAGCUGAUGUUUUUCUCAAAAUCACAGUCACUUCACCUCAAAAAAUAGGCGAUGGCAUGGGUGCUUACAUGGCCUAUAAAGUUGAAACUAGAACUAACAUGCCAAUAUUUAGAAAACGCAAUUUUAGUGUAACUAGAAGAUUCAGUGAUUUUCUUGGUCUUCAUGAUAAAUUAACUGAUAAAUAUCUUAGAAACGGUAGAAUUAUUCCACCAGCACCAGAAAAAAGUGUUAUUGGUACAACAAAAAUAAAAAUGUCUGGUGACAAAAACCAAGAACAAAACUCAAGUUCUACAGAGUUCAUUGAACGUCGUAGAGCUGCUCUUGAAAGAUAUUUAAAUAGAACUGCUGCACAUCCGGUUCUGAGUGUGGAUCCUGAUUUUAGAGAAUUCUUAGAAGCUGAUAUGGAAUUACCUAAAGCAACGAAUACAUCUGCUUUGAGUGGUGCUGGAGUAAUGAGACUCUUUAAUAAAGUUGGAGAAACUGUUAAUAAGAUAACAUAUAAAAUGGAUGAAAGUGAUACGUGGUUUGAAGAAAAAACUUCACAAAUUGAAUCUCUUGAUACUCAAUUACGUGCUUUACACUCUGCUGUUGAUACCUUAACUAAUCAAAGGAGGGAACUUGCAAAUUGUACAGGGGGAACAGCAAGAUCAAUUGCAGUUCUUGGUCAUGGAGAACCAGGAGCUUCUCUUGGUAGAGCAUUAGCACAAUUAGCUGAAACACUGGAGAAAGUGGAAGUAAUAAGAAGAGCGCAAAGCAAUAGCGACCUUUAUCAAUUUGGAGAAAUGUUAAGAGAUUAUGUUGCACUUAUUGGUGCUAUUAAGGAUGUUUUUCACGAACGUGUUAAAGUUUUUCAAAAUUGGCAGCAUGCUCAAAUGAUGUUAAAUAAAAAACGGGAACAAAAGGCUAGAUUAGAACAAUCUGGUAGAACUGAUAAAACAAGUCAAGCUGCUACCGAAGUUGUUGAAUGGGAGGCUAAAGUAGAAAGAGGUCAAGAAGAAUUUGAUAAUAUUUCAAAGAUGAUAAAAAAAGAAGUUGAACGUUUCGAGUUGGUCAGAGUGGAAGACUUUAAAAAACAAUUAAUUGAAUAUCUUGAAGCUAUGUUGCAACAUCAAAACCAAUUGAUCAAAUAUUGGGAAAGUUUUCUACCUGAGGCACGAGCAGUCGCAUGAACAUUCCUCAAUUAACAAUAUAUAAUACUUUUUUUAUUAUGUAUAGAUAUAUGAAAACUUUAUGAUGAAUAAGAUUUGUUUGCCUUACCUAACUAUUUGCAUUUGUAUAUAAAAAGAAAGAAAAGAAAAAGAAAAACCAAUUAUCGACUGAUUAGAAAAACACUUUAGCGAGAGAUAGUUAAAGAUUGAAGUAGAGAAUGCAGGAAGUGUAGGUGAUGAAAAAAAAUUUAAGCAAUGUUCGCUGCAAAAACUUUUGUUGUAAGGACACAUAAAAUAUAUAUGUGUGUGUGUAUAUAUAUAUAUGUAUGUACGUAUGUAUAUAUAUAUAUCCAUUUACAUAUAAAAAUUAAUGAUUCCUAUAAAAUGAGACAUUUUGUAAAAAUAAAAUUGUAAACUUUAAACUUGUAUUCAUGAUUUAAAUUGUUAGAUAUUAGAUAUAAUAUAAUCUUUGUCAUUUAAUAUAAUCAUUUGUACUUAUAAGUAAUCACAUACAUUUAGAAAAAAGUGUGCGACUGUAAUUUACAGCAUAGCAUUAAUAUACUAAUGAUAUUUUUAUAUCCACUAGUAUAAAAAAUCGUAUAUAAAAGUUUUUAUUUUUAAUUGUUUUUGAAUCAAAUUAUCCGCGUAUUUUGCAAAAAUUGAUUAUUGCUUAAAUUACACGAAAGUCGGAAAAAAAAGUCCGAAUUAAUUAUAUAUUAUAUAAAAUAAUGAUACACACGCAUAUAAAAAGGUUUCAUGUUAAUUUUCUUAGUAAGCACAUUAAUAAAACAACUUCCUUUUUUUACAUAGUUUCUAUAAAUAGAACUUGACUCUUGUGUGAAUAAUAAUUGCAAUCGGUUUUUUCCUUCUCCCGCAUAAAUAAUGUCCGCAAUAUCAAUAUAUAAUGAUAAAAAAAUUAUUCGAGGAAAGAAGAAACAAAUGUUAAAAAGAAAGAAAGAAAAAAAAAAUAAAUAAAAAAUUCAAUUUAAAAAAAUGUAUAACUGAAAUUAACAAUAAUUCUUAUCAAAAUGAAGGAGAUAAAAUAACAAAUAUUUUUUUAUUUAUUUUCGACAUUGAUCGUAUUAUGUUAAAAUACUUUAUUUUAUUGUUUGUAAUCGAUGAUAUAUUGUAUAAAAUUAAUUCUUUUUUUUCUCUCUUUUUUUUUUUUUUUAACUAACUAUAAUGGAAACUGUUCCUAACAUUCUUUUGUCAUGACAAAAAAAGAAAGAAAAAAAAAAAAGAGAGAAAAGAUAAAAAGUGAGAAUAUAUGUAACAUCUCUGAAGUUGGCAAACCUGUUGUAGAUUGUUGGUGAUUGUUGAUCGUAUAUAAUCACACAAAUGUAUUGACCAUUUUAUGCGCGUGUCGUUUAGGAUAGCAGUGAUGUAAAUUAAACUAGGUUAUCAAUUGUUGAUGAUAAUUGGUAAAAUUUGCUAAUGAAUUUCAUCCUCGCUAACGUUGAGCAUCUUGCAUACGUGGCAGACUAUACCACCAAUCAGCAAACACGGGAUUUCGAUAGGCGUGGCUUUGAAACACGUAUGCUUGUCUCUAUGUUCAGUCGCCAUAAUUCUUAAGAAGUCGUUGCGUGUGAAUUGUAGUGGUUCUUUGAAAAAGAGUGGAUUACGUUGUAUAUCUUGCAUUACUUUAAUCAUAUUCAUUUAUUUUAAAUAAUUGG